AUGAAGUUUUCGCGGGGAGCUCGCGCCGAUCGCGCCGAUCGCACUGACACCCCGGUGUACCGGUCCACUCGAAGGCAGCUGCCUAUGUUGCAACUGAAAGACACUGUGCGGAACAAUGUCAUUGCCGUGAUAGGAGAGUUCGUCGGGACCUUCCUGUUCUUAUUCUUUUCGUUUGCAGGCACCCAGGUAUCCAAUACCCCCAAGCCGGUCGAUGGUGCUCCGCCAAAUACAUCGAAUUUGCUAUAUUCGUCCUUGUCAUUCGGGUUUUCCUUGAUGGUCAACGUCUGGGCCUUUUACCGAGUGACCGGGGGCCUCUUCAAUCCAGCGGUCACGCUGGCGCUAUGCCUCGUGGGAGGCCUGUCCCCCGUUCGUGGAGUCCUGGUCUUCGCAGCUCAGAUCGUGGGCGGCAUUGCGUCGGCCGGGGUGGUCAGCGCACUGUUCCCGGGAGACUUGAACGUAGGAACCCGUCUGGGAGGGGGUGCCUCCAUAUCCCAGGGGCUAUUCAUCGAGAUGUUCCUCACUGCGCAACUAGUAUUUGUGAUCAUCAUGCUAGCGGUGGUGAAGCAUAAAUCCACCUUUCUGGCCCCGGUGGGCAUUGGUAUGGUUUUCUUCGUCACUGAAAUGAUCGGCGACUACUAUACCGGCGGCUCCCUCAAUCCCGCUCGCUCCCUCGGUCCAGACGUCAUCAACCGCAGCUUCCCGGGCUAUCAUUGGAUCUAUUGGGUCGGGCCAUUGCUAGGAUCAUUGCUAGCGUGCGGUUUCUUCGGAGUCCUGAAGAUGCUAGAAUACCAGACCGUUAAUCCAGGACAAGACUUCAAUGAGUGGGAAGCCAAGAAUGGAGCAGGAUCGUGGGAUGGAUCUCAGAAUCGGGCGUCGGCCCAACUCUCCGACACGACCACAUUGGACCGGGCGCACUCGCCGACUACUAGCCAUGGAGUGCAGCCACAACAGGUCAAUGGAGCGGAGCAGGUUUAG